AUGAUUUCCUUCACACUUUCCACGGUUGGCCAGCCGCCAACGGAAACCAUUCCGUACAGGUUGGAGCAAUCACGCAACAUUUGCUUGUCAACCGAAUGUUCGACCCGUUCCAACCGACACCUGUCUCUUUCUCUCUUUCGAAAAGCCGAAACCCUGCAAGUCAAUCUGCAAAGGCCAGACUUUUUUCUUUCUUCAUUUUUUUCUUUUUUCAUCCCUCAUUUUUUCUUCCUCAAUUUUAUCUUCCAUUUCACUUUCCUUCCUUCUAUUUCUUUCUUUCUUUCUUUCUUUCUUUCUUUCUUUUUCAGUUUUCCUUCCGACAUUUCUAUUCCGCUCUUUCCUCUUUUUUCAUUCAUCUCUUUUAUAUUGCUUCAUUCUUGCUUAUUUAUAUUCCUUCCUUCAUUUCCUCUUAUUUUCCUUUUCCUCUUUAAACUCGUUAAUCCCAACAUCUUUUCAUUUGCUUCUUCCUUUCAUUCGUUCUUCUGUCUUUCGAUCAUGAUUUUUGUUAUCUUAAAUGUUUUCUUUUUUCUUUUGCUGCCAUUUUGUCAUGCUAUCGUCUGCUUUUCUUCAUUAUGUUUUCGCUCUUUCUUUUUUUUUCCAAAUUUAACCUCACUGCUGCCUCUUCACUCGUAUAGCAGCCAUUCCCCAUAUUACCUCUCUAAAACACGCUUUCUUAUUUCCUUCACUCCCUUUUCUUUUCUUUUCUUUUCUUUACAAUCCAUUCCCACACAAGUGUCCAAGAGAUGUCAUAAAACAGUUUCAUGGCGGAUUAACGAGAUCGAUAAACGUUUCCGAUUUGUUCAUUAUCUAUCUAUCUAUCUAUCUAUCUAUCUAUCUAUCUAUCUAUCUAUCUAUCUAUACCAAUCUGUUCAUAUCUAUCUAUCUAUCUAUCUAUCUAUCUAUCUAUCUAUCUAUCCCAGUCUGUUCAUAUCUAUCUAUCUAUCUAUCUAUCUAUCUAUCGCUAUCGAUAAACGUUUCCGAUUUGUUCAUUAUCUAUCUAUCUAUCUAUCUAUCUAUCUAUCUAUCUAUCCCAGUCUGUUCAUAUCUAUCUAUCUAUCUAUCUAUCUAUCUAUCUAUCUAUCUAUCUAUCUAUCCCAGUCUGUUCAUAUCUAUCUAUCUAUCUAUCUAUCUAUCUAUCUAUCUAUCUAUCUAUCUAUCUAUCUAUCCCAGUCUGUUCAUAUCUAUCUAUCUAUCUAUCUAUCUAUCUAUCUAUCUAUCUAUCUAUCUGUGGAUCCUACCACAACACUAUCUAUCUAUCUAUCUAUCUAUCUAUCUAUCUAUCUAUCUAUCUAUCUAUCGCUGUCUGUUCAUAUGUAUCGACCUCAACCUGCUUAUAUCUAUGUAUCUCAGAUUUUUCAAUUUUUCCUAUUGUCUUUUACAUUUAUAAAUAUCUAUCUAUCUAUCUAUCUAUCUAUGUUCAACUCUUGCCCAAUAAUAUUAGUUUGA